AUGACAAGGGUUUUCCUGCAUUCAUGCUGGGGCUGGACCUUUACAUUCUGUGGCUCGUUUGUGGUCCUUCUCUCAUACUGAAAUUCCAUCAUUCACUCCAUCUGUCAUCUCUCUCGACUCGCUGUGACAGGCGUGAUGUGGUCACUCAUUCGCCUUCUGCUCUCUCUUCUCGUGGAUGCCUCUGGAAGCUGUUUCGAGCCGCUACAUAGCGCAACAGUGGCCCCCAUAGACCCCCUGAACUCUGACACAUCCGUCGGCGGCCCCUUGUUGCUCCUGAGGGGAAAAGGUAAAGCUUCCUGCCCCAAGGCAGAGCUACAGUAGCAGGGAUGCGAGGUAUCAGAUGAUACUCUGAUCCAAUCCCUGUGUUGUUUGAUUCUUGCUGAGGAAAUCUGUGUUAAGACCUGCAUGGCUUUAGGGAGGCCUCUAGGGGCUCCGCUGAGGAUUCUCUUCUUGUUGUGUGUGUUGUUGUUGAGUCUCUGGAUAUUUCUGAUACUCUGUUUGUUGGCACAUUUUCCACUGUUUCACUCCCAGCUGGUUGGAGGAGCUUUGGGGUAUUUGGGAUGGAAGGGACUUUAUAAGUAUUGGCGUGCUUUGAAACCAGGUUGGUGUUGUGUUGGAAAAGCAGGCGUUUUGCAUUCGGACACCACAUGUACUGUAAAACUUUAUUAA